AUGGAUCGUGAAUGGGUAAAGAACCCGAAUAGGGUAUCUCCUCAGUAUGUGGCAGGGAUAGAAGAAUUUAUAACUAUUGCAAAAGAGAGUUUGAAUUCUGCGGGGUUAACUCUAUGCCCAUGCUUAAACUGUGCUAAUAGGAGGUUGCAAAGUAUAGAUGUCAUUAGAGCUCAUUUGAUUAAAAAGGGAAUUGAUAACUCAUACACACGAUGGGUGUACCAUGGUGAGGAAGAAUCUGAGGAGGAAGAAGGUGUGGGCAACGAGGAAUUCUUUAAUGAGCAAUUUGAUGGAUUGGGAGAAGGAUUGCACGAUGCGGCUGGUGUUGACCUUUUUAAUAUUGGGCCUACGAGUGACUUUGUUGGAAAUGAACGACCAGCUAUUGAAGAAGCCCGUUAUGAGAAGCUAUAUGAAGCUUUAAAUAAUCCUGUAUAUAAUGGAUGUGAAAACUUCUCUGCUUUAACCUUUGUUGUGAAGCUGAUGAAUAUAAAAGUGAUGAACAAGUGGAGUGAUAAUUCUUUUGAGAUGCUAUUGAAGCUAAUCCAUGAGGUGCUCCCAAAGGGUAAUAAUUGUCCAGAGAACUAUUAUGACACUAGAAGAUUGCUUUGUGAUCUCGGUUUGGGUUAUGAGCAUAUUGAUGUUUGUCUAUAUGAUUGUGCUAUCUUCUAUGGUGAACAUAGUAAUGCUACAAUAUGUCCUGUUUGUAAAUAUAGUCGCUAUGUUCGUAACAAGAUUCCGCAUAAGAGGUUGCGAUACUUCCCUGUCACGCCUCGUCUGAAGCGGUUAUAUAGCUCACGACACACAGCUAGAGACAUGCGUUGGCAUAAAGAAAUUCGUGCGGAAGAGCCUGGAGUGUUGCGUCAUCCUGCUGAUGGGAAGGCUUGGAAGCACUUUGAUGAGUUGUACCCUGACUUUGCUGCUGAUUCAAGGAAUGUACGAUUGGGGUUAGCUUCAGAUGGGUUCAAUCCAUUUAGCAAUAUGUCGACAACACAUAGUAUAUGGCCAGUCAUUUUGAUGCCUUAUAACAUGCCGCCUUGGCGUUCAAUGCAUAAGAGCAACUACCUCUUAACGUUGUUGAUUCCAGGACCAAAGUCCCCUGGUAAGGACUUUGAUGUAUUUUUAAGACCCCUUGUGGAUGAGCUUAAAGUUUUAUGGUGUAACGGAGUUCAAGCAUACGAUGAAUACUCCCGAUCAAGUUUCACUCUUCGUGCAACAGUUAUGUGGACAAUUAGCGACUUCCCUGCUUAUGCUUACUUAUCUGGGUGGAGCACUAUGGGUAAAUUGGCAUGUCCGAUAUGCCUUGAGGAUACUCGUUCCAGACGAAUUCGGGGAAAACAAUGUUAUACAGGGCACAGAUGCUUCUUAAGUAAAACACACCCGUGGCGAAGGAGUACAGAGUAUGACGGAAAACCAGAAAAAAAGGGGACCACCUCGUCAAUUUUCCAGUGA